AUAUAUUCAGUACAAAUAAGUAUUAAGUAUUUAUAUCUAUUUAUAUCUGCGCCCUGAACCUUAAAUGUAUUAUCACAAUAUAUAAAGUUAAAUUUAGAUCAGUAUAUGACCGUGUAUUAUAUCUGUCUUCAGUUUAAUAACAAUGUAAAGGAAAUUGUAAUAAAUGGAUAAAAAUGGAUGCUAAUAAAACAUUUUGCAAAAGUGUGAACGAACUAUCAGAAUAUGCAUAUGACUUCAACAACGAGACGGAACGGCAUUGCUCCAAAUGUGCAAAGCAGCAAAAAUUUAACAUUAUAAUAUUUUGUAUUUUGCUUGUAGUAAUAAGUGUAAACGCUGUCUUAGCUGUUAAUCAAAUUACAGAUGCACAUAGGUUACAAACGUUACAGAAUACUAUUGAAAUAUUGAAUAGUCAGGUCAAAGAUAUCAGACGGAGGCAAGAUGAGGGAGAUGUUGAUGUUAGAGAUAAUCAGAUGGACAUUUUAGACACAUUUGCCUUUCAAACGAAUCCGUUAGUUGCAGAACAAAGUAGGGAAAAACGAGACACAAACCCAAAACCUUGCAAUAAUGACCCAAACUGCAAGAAAAGGACGAAGAGGCAACAUGGUCGACGUAAGAAAAAGAAAGGCUUCAGAGCACCAGUGAAAGAAUAUAAUGAAGAGGACCAAUAUGUACAUAUAGAAGGCACUGGUGGCGAAGCUUACCCAAAGGGUAAAUAUAAUUUUGCAGGGGUAUUUCACAGAUGGCAACUGGCUAAAUGGACAAAUUUGCGGAGGAUUAAGGGUACAAAAAGUCUUCGUACUGAAAAAGGUGGAUUUGUCCUAAACCUUGAGACCGGAGAACUCACUAUUCAAAAGAAGGGACUGUAUUUUUUGUAUUCGCAGAUAACGCUAAUGGGAAAUGGAAAUCAGUCGUACAGCAUCGAAAAGAACAAAAAUGAGAAAAUUGCAAGUUGUUACUUCUUUAGAGACUCGAAUGCUGACGACCACAAUUAUCUUAAGAGAUACUCUUCCUGUCCUACCAUGGGAUUAUUUGCUUUCAAUAAAAAGGAUACCAUACGAUUGCGUCAUGACCAUAGGGAAGGAGUAAUGGCGUAUUUUGAACCCAAUGCGUCUUUCUUUGGACUUAUUAAACUUAACUAAAGUAAGCACUUCUUAGUAUGCGAUCGUUCCUUAUAAACCAACAGAUACAAAAAGAUGAAUUUUUGAGCAUAUGAGCUUUGUUUAAUAUCAAUAUGUACUAAGGGAUUAUAAGAGAAAUUGGGUCAUUAAAGGUUGUUUUACUGUGAAUGUUAUACACACCUUACACUUAAUACGUUAAUUCGUACAAAUGAAAAUGUAAAAUGUAUAUAUACAAUACUAAACGAUAAUCUAUAACAUAUGCGAAUACAGAAAAGCUUUAAACCUGUCUUUUUUGUAACAUCUUAUAUAUUUUUGCAUGCAUAUUUAUGUCAAAUGAUACGACUUCUUGGGGGAACGACUUGUUACUGACUUUGGAUAUUCAAAACCAAAAAAAUAAAUAAACCCAAAUUAAUUUGUGUUGAUACUUUCCCCAAUACUUUGUUAAAAUUCGCAGAAGCGCACAGUUAAGUGUUUCAGAAUUGAUAAAUUGUUAACAUUGAUCUCGUCUCUAAAAUAAACGUUGUUGUUGUGAACAAUACAGUGUUUGAAUAUGUAUAUAUUGGUAUAUGUAAAAUAUGUAAAUAUGUAUUAUGACUUUGUUUUUUAUAGUUUGUAAUAAUUCUUGUAAAUAUGCAAAAUGCAAAAAUAAAUAUAAGUGAUGUA